UCCGUUUGACCCUGUAAAAGGUUUGUUCAAAUUUUGUAUAGUUUUUAUAUAUCGGUAUUAUCCGCGGUAAUCGCUAAAGAAUCAACAUGGUCCAGCGACUAACCUAUAGACGACGGUUGUCGUACAACACUAAAAGUAAUAGGAGACGCGUAGUACGUACUCCUGGUGGAAAAUUGGUGUAUCAGUACCUCAAGAAACCGAAAAAGAUCCCCAGAUGUGGCCAGUGCAAAGAUAAGCUCAGAGGUAUUCAACCUGCCAGACCUAUGGAAAGAUCACGUAUGUGCAGACGUAAAAAGACUGUGAAACGCGUGUACGGUGGUGUACUCUGUCACAAAUGCGUUAAAGAAAGGAUUGUACGUGCUUUCUUGAUUGAAGAGCAAAAGAUUGUCCUCAAAGUGAUGAAAGCACAAGCAAAAUCGAAAAAGGCAGAGAAAUAAUCGUUUGGUUUUUGAUAACUCAAUAAAAUACACUUAAAAUCAAGAAAGAGUUUGAUUAUUCUUUAUAACCAUGAGGUCAUGUACAUGUACUUCUGCGUAUCGUUACUUUUUAUUUGUAAUUCAUUUAUACCAGUGUUGUACAACUUGAAUGACUGUUGAAAACUUAUGUACAAAGAAUUGCAUAUGUAAUCAACGUUGGUUCAUAUAUUUCAGACUUUUUAUAAUACAGAAUCAAGUUUGUCGGUCAUAAGUGUAUUUCCGUUGGACGUAUGUUAUUUAGGGGGUGUUCGAAAACGUACAAGUAGCACUUAUGUUCGUAUCAUUCUAUAGCAGAGGUAAACAAUUAAAAUUUUCGAAUGUGUAUGGGAUUUGAACAAUGUUAUAAUUAUAAAAAAAUUUUCUAAACACGCUGACUUAUAAAUUUUUGCCUGAGGCUACGAUAAUGAACUGUUGUAAAUUAUUGCCAUGUACAAUAAAAUUAAUAAAAAUCUUUGAAAAUUC